UAACAGAUGGAGGCAAAUAAAGAACCUGCAAUAGAUCGUACGUGUGGUAUGGAGGAGCAGGCAGUGGUACUAUUUGAAGAUAAUGGUGAUUUGGACAACACAACAAACAUGACAAAUACACAAAAUACAUUAGAAAACCUGACUUUGUCUAGUUUUGAAAAGUCAGAUGUAGACACUGACAGUUUAGAAAGUCUUUCAGUAACAUCAUCUGUACUACCGGAAGUUGUGAAAAACGGAAGUAUCGAACCGGAAGUGAUAUUAUCAAAUGGAAAUUUUGAAGACGAAUCACUUGAUGUCCUAAAAAAUUUGAAAAACACAUCUGGAUCAAGUUUUUUGAAUGGUUCCUCUGUUUUAAACGAUGACCCACCAUUGCAUAAUUCUUCUUUAAACAAAAGCAAAACAGGAAAUAUGAAAGUAUCAACGACUGGAAAGAAAUUGUUCAAGAACAAAACCUUUGACUUUAGUCAUGUGAAAUCUAGAACAAAUUCAAAUUUCCAUAAAUUUAGGGACAUAAACAAACCAAUAUCACCAUCAGACAGAAGAUUGUCUGAGUCUUGUAUUUUACAGACCUCGUUAGAAAGCCAUGGUAUCCGCGAGACUAGAUUGAGUCGAACGAGAUUUGAAAGAUGUCACGUGACACAUGACGGUAUUGAAUGCGAGGGAAAUGAUUACUUAACCCCAACACAAAAGAAAGACAAUUUGAUAAGAGACUUGAAAAAUGAAGUGAAAGAACUAAAAAAGUUACUAAGUGAUAAAACAAGAGAACAAGAGUCAGACAGAAACAAAUUUGAGAAGAAAAUAGAAAUAAUGAUGGCGGAAAAGGGAACUGAGAUAGUCAUAUUAAAGAGUGAUAUAGAGACACUACAAAAAAACAACGAAGACUUGGUGAAGUCAUACCAAGUCUCAGUCAACACAAUUAAUAUACUGGAAGAUACUAUAAGAGAACUUAAAGAGGCAAUGGCUGAGAAAGAAAGGAAUAAUGAAAAAGUAUUUUUGGAAACUUACAAAAAGGGUCAGAUGUCAGCAUUGUUUGAGAGAAAUGAAGAGUUGGAAAGGAUUGCUGUAUCAUGUGAUGGAUCAAGGAUAACAAUAAAAGAACUGUUACAAAAACUUUUACUUACGGAAACAGAACUAGGAAAAUGGCAAUCGAUACGUCGACAGGAAUCAUAUGACGAAGCUCCUAAACCGGAAACGGAAGCUGCUGUCACGCUCAGAUUUCUCAAGGACGCGUUCUUUCAUUAUGCCACAGACACCAAAGAUUGUGACUUCCAUUUAAGAGCAAUGAUAAGGAUUUUAAAUUUUACUGAUGUGCAGAAAAAGAAAAUAGCAGACUGUAUUGUUUCGAAAAGGAAACACAGAAAUUCAUCAAUAUAACUUUAAUAGUUGGGAGCCGAUAUAAUCUCCGUUAGUUAGGAUGUGAGUUCUCUUGAAAAAAGCCAUGUCUUUCUAUUCAUGAUUUUGUAGAUAAAUCAUGAAUAGUACAACUGUGAAAUCAAAUAUGAGCUAAAAAUUUGACUAAAGAAUAAAUAAGCCUGUACAAUGCAUCCACAAUACAUACAAAAAUGAUAUUUAAAAUUUUAUCUUUUGAAUUAUUUUCAAUAUUUUAUUUUAUUUUAUUUAGUGAAAUAAAUAAAUCUGAAGUA